CGGCGGCCCCGGCCCCGGCCCCGCCGGCCGCACGUGCGGGCGGGCCGGGGGUGCGCGGUGAGAGGGUGCGGGGAGCCGGAGGAGCUGCUGCUGCCCCUUGGGACCGGGCGCCGUCAGGAACAAAAACGGCCGGGCAGUGCGAGUGUCACAUACAGACCUAUCUGAUCCAGGAAGUGAAGCGUUGGUUGCUGUUCAGAAUUCAGAUCGUUGUUGGAAAGACAUCUUUGGAUUUGUUUAGAGAGGAAGGUGAAUGUUUCUGCAUUGGGAAGAAAUUCCUGCAACAGCAGCACGGGAUGGCCAGGCAGCCUGCUUGAGCCCAGAGCUCACCUGUGAAGUUCUUGCUCUUCUUGCUAUGUGAGUGUGUGGUCCCAAACCAGCCUCUUUCUGACACACCACUGCUGCUGCUCCCCAGCAGGGAAGACUGGGGUCGACCCACCAUGCCUCGCUCGCUGCUUCAGCCAUACAGGUCACAGGUGACAGGGUUUCUUGAGUUUGACCACUACUCUUCCCUGGCCAAACUCAUGUCCAUCUACCACGCAACUAACAGGAGCAUCUUCAACUGGACAGAGAGCCGCAUUGUUGAGUGGGAGAAAUUUGCUGAGCUGGCUAAAUAUGAGCCAGAAUCCCAGAAACCAACAGUGAAAGUGCUCCUAAUCGUGGCGUACUCGGUCAUUAUCGUCAUGUCUCUCUUUGGGAACAUGCUGGUGUGCCACGUGGUGCUGAAGAACAAGAGGAUGCACUCAGCUACCAGCCUCUUCAUCGUCAACCUGGCAGUGUCAGACAUCAUGAUCACACUGCUCAACACACCUUUCACCUUGGUGCGGUUUGUGAACAGCACGUGGAUUUUUGGAAAGGCCAUGUGCCACAUCAGCCGCUUUGUGCAGUACUGCUCCCUCCACGUCUCCACGCUGACCCUCACGGCCAUCGCUCUCGACAGGCACCAGGUCAUCCUGAACCCACUGAAGCAGAGGAUGUCCCUGACAAAGGGAGCUCUGAGCAUCUCCGUUAUCUGGCUGAUGGCAACCUGUUUCUCCCUGCCCCAUGCUGUCUAUCAAAAGCUUUUCCAGUAUAACUACAGGGAAGCCACUGUCCGGAGUCUGUGCCUCCCUGACUUCCCCGAGCCCGCAGAGCUGGUCUGGAAGUAUCUGGACCUGUCUACCUUUCUCCUUCUUUACCUCCUGCCUCUGCUGAUCAUCACCAUCACCUACAUGCGUCUGGCCAAGAAGCUGUGGCUCCGCAAUGCCAUCGGGGACGUCACCACGCAGCAGUAUGUCACCCACCACAGGAACAAGAAGAAGAGCAUCAAGAUGCUGAUGCUGGUGGUGGUGGUCUUUGCAGUCUGCUGGUUCCCCCUGAACUGCUACGUGGUGCUCAUCUCCAGUCUGGGCAUCAAGACAAAGAACUCGCUCUAUUUCGCCCUGCACUGGUUCGCCAUGAGCAGCACCUGCUACAACCCCUUCAUCUACUGCUGGCUGAACGAGAGCUUCCGCGCGGGGCUCCGCUCCCUGCUCUGCAUCUGCCACAAGGUGCCACAGCCUCGGGACCAGGCACUGCCACCCAGGGCCAUGUCCUGCCGCGAGGCGUGGCUGGAGCCGGCCAGGUGCAGGAAGGGACCUCCCUCCCAGGCCAGCUGCUCCACCAGGAACCUCCCAACAGCCAACACAGACCUGUGAGCCACGGGACUAAGGGGAGUGACCUGGUUGUGGGAGUUACCUGCUUGUGGGAGGCAUCAAAGGGCAUCUCCCCGUCUCUCAGGAGCCAGCAUUGCUGCUCUGUUUUACUGCUGAUUUUUGGCAUGUCUUACUAUAGCCCUCCCUCUGCUUGGCAUAGUGGGCACACAGCUUCUCCAGCACCCUACCAGUAAAACCCAUGCUGCAGCUGGCCCAGGGGGCAGGAGUAUGUACAGGGGACAUGGAGCUUCUCAGACAUCGUGAUCUGCUUUCAGGUUUUCUCAUUUGUUGCUAUCAGAGGGAGCGGACCCAGGUUUCUGUCCCUGGCCUGUAACACGUGGGGCUAUGCACAGCAGCAGAAACAGAUCUGUGAUGACAGGUGUUUGAAGGAGAGACUUGGACAUGCAGAUGAACUCCAUCCACAGGGAGCCUCACCAGUUAGUGUACAGCAAAGCCUCCAACAGAGUGGGAAGGAAAAGGACAGAAAGGAGGGGGGUCCUUGCUUCAGGCCACUUGACCUUGGGUGUGCACUGCAGUGCCUGCACCAGAAGAAAACAGCAGAACACGAGGAGUGGCAGCAGGAAUGGGUGAACACUUCGUCCCUGAGGCACUUUGCUUGGAGCUCACAGUUAUUGAACAUGGGAAUUCAAAGCUCUCUAUGCUGGUUGCCAGUACUGUCCUCCCUCAGUGUACAGAAGGGUUUGUUUUCAGUGAAAAAGCAUCACUGUGAGUUUCUCAAAAUGUUAAAAUAAUCUCUAAUUAAUAAGCAUCA